UGACAAAUUAUAAUGCUGCAUAAAACGACCGGAAAAAUAAUUUUUUCUACUCCUAUAUAUGAAAGUAGACUUUUUCCCAUCGUUUACCCUUAACGAAAACAUCAUUUUCACUUCUAAAAGUGAAAAUACUUAUUCAUUCUAGAAGCGAAAGUAACCAUGGACUGCUACGUGAAAAGUGAAAAUUUAAAGUUUAAAUCCACUGAAAAUUUAAGUAUCUUUUUUUUAAUUUGAUCAACUGAUUGAAACUAAAUUGAUUAAAACUGAUUAAUAAAUUUGAAUAAAAAUUAAACAAAAAUGUUUGACGCAGCAAGAUCUGCAUACGCCUAAGCAACCAGUAGCGCUAGUCAAGUAGUCAUAUUGUUUAUUCUACGUGAUUGUUUUAUUUCGUAAUGACAUAUUAGGUUUCAAAUUGUGUUCCUAAUUUAUUGAAAAAGAAAAGCCAUGUCUGAUUCAGAAGAAUCGCGUAGUUCCACACCACCUUGUGUGAUACAAGCAGCAACAUCCGCUUCAAAUGAUAUCUUACCACAAAAAUCCCAACAGAGAUAUCAGUUUGUAUACGAAAAAUUUAUCAACGGAAGGACAACCGAGUGACAUCUUUUUCCGAAAAUGUCUUGAUGGCUUAUUUCGAUACAUUGUCAAACAGUCUGAAGCCCUCCACAUUAUGGAGCAUGUAUUCCAUGCUACGAAGUGUAAUAAGUCUGAAACAUGAUGUUGAUAUUUCUAAAUACCUCAAAUUAAAAACUUUUCUAAAAAGGAAGUCGACGGGUUUCAAAUCUAAAAAGGCAAAAGUAUUGAAUUCGGAACAAAUUCAGUUGUUUAUCGAUAAAGCAAAUGAUGAAAAAUUCUUGUUCACGAAGGUUGCUCUAAUAUUUGUGAUCUGUGGGGCCUGUCGUUCACAUGAAUUAAAAGAUUUAGAAAUUCAAGAUGUUCAAGAUUUAGGAAGCGCUUUAUUUGUGACUAUUCCAAAGACAAAAACAAAUUUACCUCGUUCAUUUACAAUUGUUAAUACCCAUUAUAAAAUCUGCAAGAGAUACAUCAAUCUUCGUCCACAAGGAAUAGACAAUACGACUCGUAGAUUUUUUUUGAAUUACCAACACAACAAGUGCACCCGACAAGCUAUUGGAAUUAAUAAAUUUGCAUCUGUUCCAAAAGAAAUUGCUAAAUUCCUCAAAUUACCAGAUUCACAGUUAUAUACUGGCCAUUCUCUAAGGAGAUCUUCCACGACACUUCUUGCAAACACGGGUGCUAACAUGACUGAAAUAAACCAGCACGGCGGAUGGAAUUCGAGUUCUGUAGCUGAACAAUACAUCGAAGAUUCGAUUACUAACAAAAUUAAUAGAGGGAAAAAAAUUUUUGAUUCAUUACAGAUUAGCAAAGAAAAUAUCGGAAGUUUACCACCUAUUGAGGGUUCGUUGUCACCUAAGGAGACAGAAAUAACAGAAGCAGAGGUUCCUCCUGCAUCACAUGCACUUGAAGACAAUGUGCCUUCAUUAAUAAUUAAUAAAAAAGAAAAUAAUGCUAAAGCAGCAGGUGUUCGCUACGUGCUGCCAUCUAACCCAAAGAUCAUGCAAACUAACUCCUAA